CUUCACGAAAUAUGGUUGACAGAUUAUUAUCCUGAAGAAGAUUGGAUCAAACUCUCUAACGAAACACUUGAUUUCAGUUAUGGUUUUCGUAAAAAGUUUUAUUUUUACUAUUCAACACACAGUGCUAAACUAUUUCAAAACUAUUCUCCCAAAACUGGAAGAAUUUUAUUAAAUUAUUUAUUAAUUUACUAAUCAGUCACUAUUCUAUUCAGACUAAAGCUAGCCUAUAACGACAAGGAUUUAUUGGUGAUAUAAUCAUUAACAGUACUGAAAAUGUGAAUCUUUUUAGAAUAAUCUUUUAGAGACACUGAUACCUGUGUUUCCAUUACCGAAGAUUUCAUAGAACUUCUGAAUAUUCUAGUUUACUCCCCAACUAAUUUUAUUUCUGUAUAAUACAAAUAUAACGAACCAGCCUUGUAACGAAUAGUUAAACUAUCGAAUAGAUAUGAUUGGUUGACAUCUUAUCAUGGUCCUUUUCUGAUUGGACAACAGAUCCAACCAAUAAACGACGAAAACGGUGUGAGGACGUUUCAAACCGGUACAGAUUAUUCCCAUUUAUAUUUAUCAUAAAUGGAGGAAAUAUACGAUAUUGAUGAAAGUUGUUUAUUCACCGCCAUUACUACUACUUCACAUGAUACCACUCAAUCACAAAAAAAUAAUGAUGACCUUAUCUUGUUCCCAGAUAUUAAAUGCGAAACCUCUUAUGAUAGAAAGAAAAAUGAUCUACUAUGGAGAUUUACAACACCGUUAUCAUCAUCUUCAUCAUCAUUAAUAACAACAACAUCUCAUUCAUUGACAUGUUUAAAUCGUCAUCAUUUUUCAAAUGCCCAUUCAAGAAAUGUAACCAAACAUCACGUUCAGCAUCAUCAUCAUCAACGAAAUGCUCGUUUAAGUAUAAAUGCUAGAGAAAGACGACGAAUGCAUGAUUUGAAUGAUGCAUUAGAUGAUUUACGCAGUGUUAUCCCGUAUGCACACAGUCCAUCUGUAAGAAAAUUGUCAAAAAUCGCUACAUUGCUAUUAGCGAAAAACUACAUUCUAAUGCAAGCGAAUGCAAUUGAUGAACUAUACAAAUUAAUCAUACGUCUUAACUCACAAAUACAACAGGCAGACUCUUUAUUAUUAAAUGAUGAUUACAAAAGCGUCACUUUUAAACCCAUUGAGUCGGAAUUGUUGGAUACUACUCACCUUGAUAGCAACUGUAAUAUUUCAAGUAAUAUUAUAUAUACAACUCCUGUCACUCCGAUAUCUUUCCCAUCUCAACUACCUCCAUGUUCAAUGUCCAGUUCAUCAGAAACCAAUAAGUAAAACGAAACGUCUAUCACUAAACUACUACAUUUUUGAACAAUAAUAAUAACUUAGAUAUCUUCAGAGUUCAAGUACGAUGUGGUUGAUCAUUUUCACUAUUGAUUUCACUAAACAAUUUGAAUGGAUUUCCUUAUACCAUUUGUGAAAGUGUUUAUUUGGGUAUUAAUUGACGUCUGUUUCCAUUGAUAUACGUUGUUUAACCUUGAACUAUAAUUCGAAAUAUUUUCAGAUGCUUCAUUGGUUAGUUUUCUUCUGAUCAAUUUAGAAUCUUGUCAUUAUCAUGACUGUUUUACAUUCCUCUGUAACAUGGCUCCAAUGGGAGCCGUUUACAUAUACUGCUAAUCAAUUAUAAUCGAAUCACAUACAUCCUAGAAAUGUUUUCUAAUGUCAGUGAAAGUCUUUC